GUCUGACGUGACAGGUGAACUCGCAACCAGUUGACGAAAAAAUCGGGGGUAGAAUGGGCACGAAAUAAGAAGUCACAGCCCAGCAAGGACGUUCCCGUCCUCCCCAGACCCCGCCGGAGCCGUAACCAUAACCGGAGCGGAGCGGUUUCCCUCAGUAUCGUGGUGUUAUUCCCGUCCUGAGGCCAGCAGGAGGAAGGAGCGGCAGCGGCGGCUCCGGGUCCCCGCGGCGCUGCAAUGAGAUGAGGCUCAGACACGGAACUGUGGCCACCGCACUCAUCUUCUUCACGUCCUUCCUCAGCCUGUCCUGGUACACGGCCUGGCAGAACGGCAAAGAUAAGCUGAUCGCAUAUCAACGGGAGUUCCACGCCUUGAAGGAGCGUCUUCGUGUGGCCGAGCACCGGACGCUGCAGCGCUCGUCCGAACUCAACAAUGUCCUGGAGCAGUUCCGCCGAGCCAUAGCCGAAACCAACAACAGCAAAGACGCGCUCAUCAACUUCUCAGAUGAGACCCAGAAGCUGCUGAAGGACCUGGCCAACAGGAAACCCCUCCAGGUACCGAACAUCUACCACCACCUGCCUCACCUGCUCAACAAUGAGGGCAGCUUGCACCCGGCGGUGCAGGCCGGCCUCGGCCGCACCGGAGUUACCAUGGUGAUGGGGAUCCCCACUGUGAAGCGGAAAGUGAAGUCCUACCUGUCGGAGACGCUGCGUUCCCUGAUAGACAAGCUGUCGCCGGAGGAGAAGCUGGACUGCGUCAUCAUCGUGUUCGUGGGAGAGACCGACCUGGAAUACGUUCACAGCGUGGUCGCCGACCUGGAGAAGGAGUUCUCCACAGAGCUGAACUCGGGCCUGCUGGAGGUCAUCUCCCCGCCGGCUGCCUACUACCCCGAUCUCAACAACCUCAAGGAGACUUUCGGAGACUCGAAGGAAAGAGUGAGAUGGAGGACGAAGCAGAACCUGGACUACUCCUUCCUCAUGAUGUACGCCGUGAACAAAGGCGUUUACUACGUCCAGCUGGAGGACGACAUCGUGGCCAAGCCCAACUACUUUGCCACCAUGAAGAACUUCGCCCUGCAGCUGUCGUCCGAGGACUGGAUGAUCCUGGAGUUUUCUCAGCUGGGCUUCAUCGGGAAGAUGUUCCAGGCUCCGGACCUGAACCUCAUCGUGGAGUUUAUCUUCAUGUUCUACAAGGAGAAGCCCAUCGACUGGCUGCUGGACCACAUCCUCUGGGUCAAAGUCUGCAACCCCGAAAAGGACGCGAAACACUGUGAGAGACAGAAGUCGGGCCUCCGGGUUCGGUUCCGGCCGUCGCUCUUCCAGCACGUGGGACUGCACUCGUCUCUCGCCGGGAAGAUCCAGAAGCUCACGGACAAGGACUUCCUGAAGCCGCUGCUGCACAAGAUGCACGUGAACCCUCCGGCAGAGGUGUCCACCUCCAUGAAGAUGUAUCAGGGCCACACGCUGGAGAAGACCUACCUGGGGGAAGAUUUCUUCUGGGCCGUCACCCCCACCAAAGGAGACUACAUCCUCCUCAAGUUUGACAAGCCGAUCAGCAUCGACAGGUUCCUGUUUCGCAGCGGAAACCAGGAACAUCCGGGGGACAAGAUCGAAAACACAACGGUGGAAAUACUGCCUGUCUCGGAGAACGGACUGCAGACCAAAGAAAAGUACAAGAGAACCGAGGACCGAUUCUACCGGGUCGGUCAGUUUGAGAAGGGCGUGGCAGAAGGAGCCGUGGAUCCGUCCUUCAACCCGGUUCUGGCGCUUCGGCUGUCGGUUCUCAGAGACUCUGCUGUGUGGGCCAUUCUCAGUGAGAUACAUAUAAAGAGAAUAUCUGGCUGAAGUCCGGAGGAGGUACGUGAAUCAUCCCCCCCCCGGAGGACCAAACCCUCAUCGACUGGCGACCAGCAGUCCCUCAUCUCAGCUCGUCUGAGGAACGAACCUCUUCCUCCUCAAUCCUCCUGAUUAUUUAGAUCUCCAUGAACCCCCCCCUCCCUCUUGAUUAGUUUGUGAGAAUGUGAAUACUACUGUCUGCAGAACAGCGAGGAGGGAGGAACUCCUCACAUCUGGCCGGCGGUGCAGAUGCUGCCAAACCCCCCCCCCCCCCCCUCGGUUCCUGAAUGCUGCCACGGCCGGGUCAGCCGGGGCUUUGCACUGUCACUAGCGGCUCCGCCGAGCCCGAGACCCGCACGAAUGUUGUCGGCACCGACGGCCGGUCGCCGGAGCUUCACAUCGACUUCUCCCCUCCCCCUGAAACCUGAAACGAACAUGUUCUCCACACUCCUCCGGUCAGACGUUGCACUCGCAGCCAAACGCCGGUUCCCUGCGAGCUUCUUCUCGCUCCAGAACCAGAAUAACUGCCUCCGGUUGCCGGGGGCAACGGUUCGGGCCGCGAGGAGGGAAUCCGUCAAGAAAAAACGAGUGAAACGGCAUCAUAUCUGACGCGCCUGUCGUCUGACCUCAGCGUCCAACUCUAGGAAAGCAAUCGGACUUCGCCUCGGCAGCAUUUUUCCUGAAGGAAUAUAUUGUUAUAUUGAUAUAUUAUUACAGCUAUGACUGACGAUCUAUGAAGGUGACUUAAUUUAUUUGAAAUAAAUCUUUUAAUUUGUACAAGAGGUAAAAUAUAUUUUUAUUCUACCAAGAAGACUUUAUGGUAGUUUCAGAGUCUGUGUUUGUGUACUUUUUUCUUUUUAAUUUUUAAAUCCAAAUUGUUGUACGUUUUUAUUUUCAUUUCAGCAGCUCUCUGCAACGUUUUAACUGAAGCAAUUAAUUUCAACUACUUAAAGAUGAAAUGGUAGAGAAAUUAGUUGAAGGAUUGUGUGGAAGUAGUCGUGGCUGUGGGCGUGCGUUAGAAAGAUGUGCCUUAUAUUUAGGUCCCUACGUUCCCGUUUUCAGUUGGUUCCCGCUCACUUUUGGCCUGAACUUUGAUUGCUGGAUAUAUUAAUAUCAUGAAAAUCACUGGCAAAGUCCGACUGGAUGCGAAGGACAAUACUUGUGAUCCUGAGUGAGAGUAGUAGACGGGGACGUUUCACCCGUUCACUACCCCAAACAGCGAUAUUUGCACUGCUUUUUCACCUUUUUUUCGUUUCAAUCGCAUCUCAUUGUGCCGCACUUCCCCGUCUCCCCAGUUUCUCCCCUAAAUCUACUUCACAAUCGAACAUUUUCUACGUUUUAACGGACAGAGAAACAUGACUACUGAUCAUUGCUAAGAGUGUGCCACUGGUUGUACAUGUAUAUAAAUGAUAUAAGCGACAAUGAUCGUCAUCACUUUCUAUCAUUUUUUUUCUCCCUUUUUUGUUUCGUUAUAGUUUUAUCGGACUCCACUUGAAAUGUUUUCUGACAUAUUUUGUGUAUUUGGCUGGAUGUUCUGAGUGGAAAACUAUUUGUAAGUGAAAUUUUACUGAUUUUACAUGUACGUGUUCUUUUUUUCAUGGAGUUAGUGAAGUGCCUUUGAUAUGAAAUUAGUUACAUUUGCUUAUCACGAGCAUGAUGUAUAUAUGUAAUUUAUACUUUUUGGUGGGAAUAGUCUACGCCGCCCCCGGAUCAAACCAUCGACCCGAGAGCUCUGCCUAAUAAAGUCUCUGGCUCUGUCACAUUCUUUUAAUCUGGAGAUGAUGGCGGGGCGCGACACUUAAGCUGUAUUGUUUUGAAAGGGGGUUUUUGUACUGCCUGCAGGAUUUCCCCCCCCCCAUCCUCCAUUGCCAUAAACACAGCAAUGAAUGAAUGAAUGAAUGCAUGCAUGAAGUCAUGUGAUGUCUGGGAUUUCCCUUCUCGGGUCAAGUUGUAGAAAAGGGACUGCGUUCAGCAGCCCCCCCGUCAGCUCCCGUCACUUCAUGUGCCUUCAUCACGUACAUGUGUCUGCCUGACUGCUGUUUCCAGCAUCAUCUUACAUGGACAUAUUUGAAAUAAAUGAGAAAAGUUGGUAGAAGUCA